ACACACACGUGAGGUCCUGAAGUUCCUCUCGGCAUGGGAAAGAGGGAGAAGAAAGCCCAGCACGGCACGUCCCCGAGCGACCAGGCAGGGAAGGCACCCGAAGGGGAGAAAAGCACCGACUCGAGCAAGACGCAGGAGCCGGCGAUGAAGAAGAAGAAGAAGCAGAAGAAAGCCAAGGGGGAUCCCAAAGCUGGCCAGGAGGAGGAAUCCCACACUUGUUGUGGCUGCCGUUUCCCGCUGCUGUUUGCUUUGUUGCAGUUGGCACUAGGCACCUCUGUAACAGUGCUGGGCUUCCUUAUGGCAGGCAUCAGCUCCUCUCUGCUAGUCAGAGACACUCCAUAUUGGGCUGGGAUAAUUGUCUGUCUGGUGUCCUUGGUGGGAUUUGUUAUGCUCUGUAUUUCGUACCAACCCGACGAGAAGACGUGUGCGCAGUUCACAGUAAAGCUGAUGUAUUUUCUCCUGAGCGCCCUGGGGCUGGUUGCCUGUGUUCUGGCGGUGGCUUUUGCCGCGCACCACUACCUGCAGAUGACAAAAUUCACCUGCGACACCGUCCUCGAGUCCUGCCAGUGCAAGCUGGACACCGCGGACCCCCUGGGCAGGACCUUCACCUACCAGGACGCGGCUGACUGUGGCAGCCUCACCAACAUGCUCAACCUGUACCUGCUCCUGCAGAUGGCCCUCAACCUGGUGGCAGCCCUGGUGUGCCUCCUGACCUGCUUCGUGAUGUGGAAACACAGAUACCAGGUCUUCUAUGUGGGCGUUCGGUUCCACCCUCUGACUGCUGCUGCUGCUGAAGGCCAGAAACAGCAAGUGUAGGGUCUGGGCUGGCAGGGGGUUGGCAAGCAGGGAAUGGGA